GAAAAAGCCUGUUGACUCGUUGAUACGCUGCUGAUAAGAAAAACAAAAAAAACCACUUAAAAAAAAUCAGUUGCGUUUUAGUCCAUGUAAGCAGCAGCCUCAGGGUUCUUUCUCUGCAGACUUUUGAGAAGAUGUUUGCAACAAUGCUGAAGAUAUUUGCAAUUAUAGCAGCCCUUUCAGGCCACAUCAAUGGCGUGACUGUAACAGUGCCCCAGAGCAUGGUGAAUGUCACUGUUGGUGGAAAUGUCACUCUUCUCUGUACCUACAAAACAACUGGGCCUCUGGAUUCACUUUUCAUUCAGUGGAGUUUCUACAGUGCUAAAGAGAAACAACAUGAAACACAUGCCCCGUGCCGCAAUAUUCAGAGUAUGGAUGAAAAGUCAGUCAAUCAUUGUCAAAAGAUGGUCUAUGUGACAGAUGCACGGGGAAGAUGUAGCUGGAAACACCAAAUCUUUUAUUUUCAGAAUGGACAGACGUUUGAGUAUGGAGAGUUCAAGAACAGAAUAAAUGGGACAACAAACCCAGGAAAUGCAUCAAUAACAAUCUCCAACAUGCAGCCCUCAGAUACUGGGCUUUUUACCUGUGAAGUUUUCAACCCACAAGAUUCAAAUGGACAGAACCAGAAAUCAGUGGCUGUUAGUGUACUGGUCAAGCCUUCACAGCCUCACUGUAGCUUACGGGGAACCCCUGAGACAGGCCACCUUAUCUCUCUCUCCUGCUAUUCUGAUGAAGGAAUGCCUAUACCUAUAUACCAGUGGCAUAAAGUUUCAGGGGAUGCCCUCAAACCCAUGACAGAACAACUCAAUAUGAAAACUGGGCUUCUUAUUAUUGGUAAUCUCACCACCUUUGAAAAUGGAUACUACCGGUGCAUAGCUAGUAACAGCCUUGGAAACAGCAGCUGUGAAAUUGACUUGACUGCAUCACAUUCAGAAGGUGGUCUCAUUGCUGGAGCAUUAAUUGGAGCAAUUCUGGGAGCAAUUGUUAUCUGCAUUGUUGUCUGGUUUUUAACCAAGAGGAAGAAGAAAGAGAAGAUUAAAGAAAAAGCAGCAAAUAGCGAAAUGCAACCAAUGACUCAGAAGCAACAGACAAAUGUGGAGUAUGUUAAUAUACCCACCCAAGAAAAUGAGUAUGCUGCCACAGCUACACCAAGUGGAGAACCUAAUGCAACAAACGAAAACUCUACUGCUGGGGAAACUGCUGCCUCUGGAAUGCCUGAAAAUGAAGAGAUGAAAGGAGAGGAGACACAAGCAAGAGUCUAAAGAUUCCACUGCAAUUUCCUGAUCAGCUACAAACUCCAUCAUCAAAAAUAUUGGUAUUGAAUUAAUGCAGGUACGAGUGUGGUUAUAACCUCUUCACCUGCAUUUAUGGCAUUAAUUACAAGGCAAGUGUUUUAAGAUCAUGCCUGCAACCAUCCAAGAAGUACACAUAUCAAUGUCUCAUUUUUCAGUUUUGUUAUUGCAGAUAUUAACUAACUAGCUAUGACUAUGUACCAAAUAUGAAUGACAGCAUUGAAAAUGUCUGCAUUUAUCCAGCCUAUUUGAGAGUAUUAAUUAUUAAAUGGGUUUGGAAAUACAGACAACAAUGAUGUUUUCUUAUUGGCUGCUGGUGAAGCUAUGUGAUGGCUUGUAAACAUGAGUCCCCUUUCUGAAAGAAAUCAGUCUGCCAUUGCCAGUCAAUCUGAAGCAUCACACGUGCUAAGACAAACACAGGACAACUGUCUCAGCAAAUACAUUACAGGUAGCCCCCGACUUGUGAUGUGAUUGGUUCUUGGGGAAGCGUCGCAAGUCGGGGGCAUCAUAACUCAAAUCCUCAUUUACGAUAGGCGUUGUGCGCCGUCAUAAAUGCAGGCUGAGGACGUAAGUUGGGAGUUUUCAGCCCUUCUGCACUUACAAAAUUGGUUGCAGUGUGGGCGGUUGCAUCUUGAGGGUUUCCUGUACAAUGUCUAAGGACCUGAUCCUUCACCCUGGAAAUCAGUGAGAGUUUUGCUACUGAUUUCAACAGAUACAGGAGCAGAUUCUUAGAGCACGUGUUCAUAUCUGCCUCAUAAUAACCAGUUCCAGCAACAGUAACAGACUGUUUCUCUCUCACAUCUAAUGCAGUUACACAUUGAAUUAAAGUAGUAGGAUUGUUGCUGUUCUCGGGUUAUCAUGGAUGAUCAGAGGCCGUAUGAAUGGCUCAUUAACCAAAAGAGGGUAUCAACAUUUGAGUCAAACUCAGCAAUUCAGACUGAUGAGGUGUUAAGUAUGGUUUGUAUAAAAGAGAUUUUAUAGUUUUGGCCAACUAGCAUUUAUAAAAUUCCACAUCUACCACUUUGCUGUAUUCUAGGGAGUCCUCUUUACACACACUUAAAUUCCACAUAUCAUGUUACAAUGUACUUGGCCACAUUUUUUCUGUUUUGUUGCCUCAGUUGAAAAUUGAUUGGGCUAGAAGAUAGGGGUGAAAUCCUGAAGUUGCAGAAGUGAGUGGGAAAACCUCCAGUGUCAAGAUUUCACCCUAGUGGGUACCCCAAUAUCUAAAAUAUCUGGGCAAAAUCUGAAGUAAUUACUUAGAGACGCCUCAGCAGGCAAAACUUCUAUUGCUUUUAAUAGAUCUUUUGCCUGAGCAACAACAGUAGGAUUGGGUCCUUAAAUUCCAUGAUCAUUAUGAUGAGGUUACCUGAAAUGUUCUGUAAUCUUAUUGAAGUUGCCUUGUGAACAUAACACACAUUUCAGUACUAAACAAUCCCACUAGAAAAAAAAAGCCACAAAGAGAUACAAUCUGCUCAUUGAUUAUAUGUCAGUCCUCAGCCCAGGUAAAAACGUUUGCUAAUGAAAUAUUUCAAGUGAAUUACCAGAGCCCUCUACCUAAUUAACAACAGAAUAAACUUUAUUAGCAAAAAUGUUUCCACUGUAAAAGGCUAUCCUUAAGUAGUACUUUGGUCCUACUCUCAUGCACAAUACAAGUGAUUCUAUCAGUGACCCUGUUUGUAGCUACAUUUUAUUUUGUUUUUAAUUGACAUUUCAUGGCUUCAGAUUUGAUAUGGACAUUUUAAAUAGCAUAGUCUUCAUUUUUAUAUGCAUAUUGUGUAAUCAUAUAGUUUAAUUUCCCUUCCUAGUUUUCUUCAUCCCACCUCUAUGCUUUUUCCUUAAUAUAGCUUAGUGAAUUAAGUUAAAGGUAAAGAUGUAACUAUGAUUUCUGCAAUAAUACACGUCAUUUGAAUAUUCACGGAACUGCUACUAGUCAUAUAUUUGCUGAAUAUGAAUGGGAUGUGCAACAUCUGUAAAACUCAUUGCAAAUGAAGUAUGCAACAGUAGUUCUUGGCUAAUAUAAAAAGAUAACUUCCUAACGCAAUAUUUUUAAUGCACCUCUAUAGAAUGCUAGUUUGGAAAUGGGGGAGGAUUUUCAGACAAAGUAAGUUUAUGUGGUGGAUUUUUACUAAGUGAAGUUGAUGUGUUUCUUAGGGUGUUAAAAUGCAUUUAAUUUUGUAAACAUGUAUCCCCUGAAACUUUCAGGGGAUACACAUUUACACCGGUAAGUCCGUGCUCACAGGAAGCUGGCUUUUAAGCCAGCUUCCAUCCGCGCCCUCUGCUGCCUCUAUAUUGCGGGAGGGAGUGCAGUUGGCUCAGCAGGAGUUAAUACAAGCGGGGAGCCAGCUCCCUGCAUGUACUGGCUCCUGCCUGCCCUCCCUCCCCUGCACUGCUGCUGGACAAGCCAUGCUACACUCAGCUCUCUGUUCACUCCAGGGUUUUUUGGGCAUGGAAUGUGAGUUGUUGCAGUGAGCAGCAUUAAGCACCUAUAAUACUGCUGACUUAUCAGGGACAAAGCAACAUAACAGUUACUGUCUGUUCCCUUCUGUCCUACUGUAUCCCAUCUUCUCAUAAAAGCCACACAGCUUGGAUGACACUGGCUUCACUCCUCUCUCAACAACAGUUUUAGAGGAAUUACAGUAGAAUUCCACUCCUUGCAACAACGUACUUGCAUCAUAGAUGAGUAACAGACUCAGGGAUUUACAUAAACUCUAAACCAAGAAAUAUAUUUAUCUGAAAGCUCAGACCUUGGACAUUUUAAAAGAUGCAGGUUGAAAAGCAUCAUAGCCAAAAUCAUUGACUUCUCUUUCAGCCAGUUCUGCUUAUUAUUAAAGAGCAAAUUUCGCUUGCAUCCUGCCACUCUCUCCCCCAGAAAACUUCAAACUACAUUGUUUUGUAAUGUGGAGGUUACUUUGUGUGAAGUGUAUAAAUACCAUUUUCUGGUUUGCUUUACAAUUGUUGGUAGGAAACAGCAAGACUUCAUUCCCUUGUAUAUUUGUACCAUGGAAGUUUUAUAAUUUGUGUUUGUGACUUUUCCUUGUAACUGAAGGAUAGACUGAUUCUUUUUACAUGCAGUCUCUCCUGCAUCUCAGCUCUGGCAAUAUUUUCACUUACUGAUUUGCUCUUAUAUGAUUUAUGUGCAUAAGUGAUUUAGCUAAUGAUACAGAUUCUUUUGUUACAAGAAGUUUAAUAAAGUUUGCUGUUAUAAAACUUUGCUUAACAAAAUUCUGUAGCGAACAAUAAUCUAACCCCGCCCAAACAAAAAUCCACCAAAAACUGUGGAAGGGGGAAUGUCUAAGAAAUCUCACUGUUACCUGUUAAAACAAUUCCUUGCCUCUAAAUCCUGUAUUCUCAAUUUUAUACUUCCCUGACACUGAGGUGCUUUUACCAUCAGUGAAUUACAUGUUAAUCAUAUGCUUCCUAAUGCAAUGCAGUGGCAAUGUCAAUUCUAUUCAGGAAUGACAACACACAAUGUAACUAAACUAAUAGAAAAGCAUUUUGCGUGACACCCAUUCAAUGUCCAUCAGCAAAAAAGUUAAAACAUGGGACAGUGCCAGGAAGAGGAGGAGGAAGCCAUCAAAUGCUUGGUUAGCAGGCAAAGCACAGGACUACAUCACUUCAUGGAUUUACUCCUCUGACACAAUGGUACAGCAGGCAGGGGUCAGCAUGGAAUUAAUUUACAGUAAAAAGUACAAUCUGUUCAUAUCCUAUGGCUAUAACAUCAUGCAACUCAGACUAGUCCAGAAAGGAGAACAUGAGGAUACACUACUCUCCCACAACUCUGAGAGUUCACAUUUAGGUAUAUGAUUUUACUGGCAAUUGUCUUAGAUAAAAAGACACUUUCAUAGUGAGUCAAAACUGAGUCCCAGCUUUCCUUCCCCCACAAGAGAGAAAAGCAAUGGUGGAAUGGUGAUUGUUUGAUCUCCUGAGAAGUGUAUUUAUUCCUGAAGCGUUCAGCUCCAAGUUAGGAAUGCGUACUGCUGUGAUCCUACUGGAAAUAAGAGUAUUUUCCAAAACAACUGAUUUCUGGAAAAACCUGUUUUAUUUUGUAAGUCCUCAUGGCGUAAGAAGGAGCUUCUGCGGGCAGGCGGUUUAUAGCCAUGUAAUUCAAGCAGGGAAAAUUCAAAGAAAGCUAAAUAUAGUGAUAACUUUCUGCAAGGAUGCAACCUCCGGGCACUAUUUGCAGCUUUUGAUAGUUAUCACCUAGGAGGCUAUUAGUACAAAAAUCAAGACAGUAAAAUUAGGUUUUGCCAUAUCUAUUCUCUGAAUGCUUUGGAGCAGUGGUUCUCAACCUUUUUUAUAGCAUGGACCAGCGGUUGCGAACUGCUGCUUUGGAGAACAUAUAGGAAGAGAUAAAAUAUGCCAAUCUAAAUCCAUGCCCAUGAACAACUUUUUCAGUCACACGACAAUUUUACCUUCCUAUAAAUAAGGUAAAUAAAGGUGCCUUGGACUAUUGAUGUGAAACAAGUGAAAAUUAAAUAAGUCAAAGAUAAUAUUACACAGUGGGAUGCACCAUGCUGGGAGCACUGACAGAAGAUAAAUGGAGAGAGUUAAAAAAAGACUGAAAGAGAAAGCAAUUCAAUGAGAUUCAAGAUAGUAUAUCUGAGGGAAAAAAAUCCAGGCCACAGGCAGUCAAUGAGCAAAACACCCUCUUAAAAGCUGGGAUGUCAAUUAAAGGAGAUAGUGAACAGUAAAAUUAGAUGGAAACUUUCAGUGAGACAUACUGGGUCAACAGAAAGCAAAGUAAUUAGAGGAUAGUAUCUCUGUGGGAGCGGUAGCAAAUCUGCAUGUACAUUACUAGACACAGCUAGAGAACCUUGUUACCAAGAAGCGUUUGACAAAAUGAAAGGAACAUCACAGUUUGGACCAGACAGGCCAAGCAAUAAGGACAUAUUGAGAGUUAAGUAUUUAUAGCUAUGUCAAAAGGAGGUUUGACAAACGAAAGAGGCGGCGACAGAAUUAACCACUAGAAGUAGUCGAUAGCAAUCUAUACAGCACAGAGAGAGAGGAAUAGUUUAGAGCAGUGUUUCUAAAAGUGUUCCGCGGGAUCACUCUCAGCAACACUUUAACUGGCUGCACCAGUUUGUUUAUGUAUUGGAGCCUCACAGAUCCCAUUGGCUCCUUUUUGUCUUUGCGGCCAAAGGGAGCAGCAGGAAGUGACAGCCCAGCCCAUGCAGCUUUCCACGUCUCCCCUUGGCUGCAAAGGAUGAAAUGGAGCCAACGGGAGCUGCGAGGCUCCGUGGCCAUGGUGCCGGUAAAUAAACAAACUGGAGUAGCGAGUUAAUGUGUUGCUGAGAGUGAUUCCACAGAACACCUUCAAAAACACUGGUUUAGAAUGAUCUGAAGAGAAAUAAAAAUUGGAUUAAGCUGGGAAAAGAAAUGAGCAAUAUGGAUAUCAAGAUGCCUCCCCUACAAGCUGAGGCAGCCGUGCCGGGCGGCAGGAGCAGCCACUUUAAAAGUAAGAUUGUUCCUCCAUGCCUAGGUCUGCGGGGGAAAGAGGGGAGAUUUGAUUGGAGCUGGGCUCCCAACACUGAGGAUGCCUGCCUCGGGGGAGGAGGGAGUGCACUGGGAUGGGGGGGCACUAGAGGGGCCUGGGUCUGAGGCAGGGGAGAGUGUACUGGGAUGGGGAGGCACUAGGGAAGCCUGGGUCUGAGGCAGGGGAAGUACACUGGGAUGGAGUGCAAUGCUCCUCCUGGCCAAUGAUCUCUGCUCCAGGCUCCCUUCCCAGCUGCCAACCUUGCUGCCAGCUCCAAUCACUGGGACACACUCCCAGUUCAGCUGUGCUCUGCCACCAGCCCUGGCUCCUGUAUCUCUGACACUGGACUAUCAGUCAGUUCCUGCUCCCAGCCACUGGAGCUCUCUGGUCCAGCAACAUCCGAGGUCCUGCCAGACAACAGAUGUUGCUGGACCACAGAGUCCCAGACUACAAUGGUCCCAAGUGUACUACAAAGAAACAAUCCCACAGUAGGCCCUGUAAAAUAGAAAGAAUGAUCUAACAGGUUUCUUCCAAAUCCAAUUUAUGAAAGUAACAGUAAUUUUACAUGAAAUAAAACUGCAGGAUACUAAAAUUAUUUAAAGUGCUGCUGGUUUACUUAACAGGCAAUUAGAAAUGUGCUUGGUGGUGCAAUGGAAGAGUACUGACAUAUACCACUACAUACAUACAUAUGCACAUUAUAAUGAAAUUUAAGCCAUCACCAUUAAGCUAUCAAAAUAUUAAGGUAAUAGUCUUAAA